GGCUCAACCAAAUUGACAAGAGGCCAACCUCGCCCUCUAAAAUCUACUACGUUCCCAUUCAAAUCUGUCGUCUGACAACAAUCUCUGCUCUACAUCUUCAGAAGCAUCAUUGCUCCGGGAACUGCGCGUCCAUUCGACCGACUGCCCUUGUUUGAUCCGUCUUUUCUGAGUAAUUUCUUCUCAAAAAAUACACAUUUAAACCGUCACGAUGGAAGAGGAGGUCGCCGCUCUCGUCAUCGACAAUGGUUCGGGUAUGUGCAAGGCCGGUUUCGCCGGUGACGAUGCUCCCCGCGCCGUCUUCCCGUCCAUUGUCGGUCGCCCUCGUCACCAUGGUAUCAUGAUUGGUAUGGGCCAGAAGGACUCUUACGUUGGUGAUGAGGCCCAGUCGAAGCGUGGUAUCCUCACUUUGCGGUACCCCAUCGAGCACGGUGUCGUUACCAACUGGGACGACAUGGAGAAGAUCUGGCACCACACCUUCUACAACGAGCUGCGUGUGGCUCCCGAGGAGCACCCCGUUCUGUUGACUGAGGCUCCUAUCAACCCCAAGUCCAACCGAGAGAAGAUGACGCAGAUCGUCUUCGAGACCUUCAACGCCCCCGCUUUCUACGUCUCCAUCCAGGCCGUUCUGUCGCUUUACGCUUCGGGUCGUACCACUGGUAUCGUGCUCGACUCCGGUGACGGUGUUACUCACGUUGUUCCUAUUUACGAGGGUUUCUCCUUGCCCCACGCCAUUGCCCGUGUCGACAUGGCUGGCCGUGACUUGACCGACUACCUGAUGAAGAUCUUGGCCGAGCGCGGUUACACCUUCUCUACCACUGCCGAGCGAGAAAUCGUCCGUGACAUCAAGGAGAAGCUCUGCUACGUCGCUCUUGACUUUGAGCAGGAGAUCCAGACUGCUGCCCAGAGCUCCAGCUUGGAGAAGUCCUACGAGCUUCCCGACGGACAGGUUAUCACCAUCGGCAACGAGCGCUUCCGUGCUCCUGAGGCUCUAUUCCAGCCUUCAGUCCUGGGUCUUGAGAGCGGUGGUAUCCAUGUCACCACUUUCAACUCGAUCAUGAAGUGCGAUGUCGACGUCCGAAAGGAUCUGUACAACAACAUUGUCAUGUCUGGUGGUACCACCAUGUACCCUGGUCUUUCGGACCGUAUGCAGAAGGAGAUCACUGCCCUGGCACCGUCGUCGAUGAAGGUCAAGAUCAUUGCUCCCCCCGAGCGCAAGUACUCCGUCUGGAUCGGUGGUUCCAUUCUCGCCUCGCUCUCGACCUUCCAGCAGAUGUGGAUCUCGAAGCAGGAGUACGACGAGAGCGGACCUUCCAUUGUCCACCGCAAGUGCUUCUAAGCGCAUAAUCGUAGCCACCGUUCUUUCAAGUUUCCGACCAACUCGCAGCAAUAUCGGCGACAAGAUAAACCGAGAUGUUGGGCUGCUUGCGACUUUGAGAGGCCCAUGUCUUCGAAAUUUUUUGGCCAUGAUGUUGGUGUGUUGGGGGGAGGCAUGUCUAAAACUGCAGGAAAAGUACGAUGGUAUUUGUCUUUAAGUAGUUCGGCGUUGUCGCGCGGAGAAACCGGGCAGGCGGACCACGUAUUCGGGAGGUUGAUGAUACAAUUUAGCUCUGUUACCCUUCUUAAAGUUGAUGAUUUCAUGUUACUUUCGCGGCCAAAUCUACUUGGUCGAUACCAGUGGAUCAGGCGUCAGGUGCCGUUCUAAUUGUAAUGCCAUCGCUUUACCGGAGUCGCUAGAUUUGCAAUAAAUCAGUCCUUAGGCUUG